AUGGAAUCGACUGUGGUAUCGGCUGGUGAGUGGGCUUCAUUAGUUUUGGACUGCUUGCUCGUGGACGCGGCGGAUGCUGAAGGGUUCGGUGUUGCUACCGAUUUCAUAAGGAAGAACGUUCUUUUCCACGCACUUUUUUCAGGAGCACUAAGGCUUUUCCUGUGGUUUCCUUACCUCGUCAAUUUCCUGAUCACGGCCUUUAAGGCGGCUGUCUACGAAAACUGGUUACAUGUCACAUUCAGCUGUUUUGAAAGCAAACAGGAAUUACAUGCCAUACGCUCUAUUUGGUAG